CAAUUUCUCUUCCAGUUUCCGGCAUGGCAGUGGACUGGUUCGGCUUUGGCUACGCCGCCCUGGUGGCAUCAGGAGGGCUCAUUGGCUAUGCAAAAGCAGGUAGUGUCCCAUCACUAGCUGCUGGCCUUUUCUUUGGGAGUUUGGCUGGACUGGGUGCCUAUCAGCUCUCACAGAAUCCAAAUAAUGUUUGGAUUUCUCUGAUUACGUCUGGAACACUGACUGCCAUCAUGGGAACAAGAUUUUACAACUCUGGAAAAUUCAUGCCUGCAGGGCUAAUUGCUGGUGUCAGUUUGCUAAUGGUUGGAAGAUUAGCACUGAAGAUGGUGGAAAAGCCCCACGAUAAAUAACUGUUCAUUUUACAGUUUAACAUCUGGAUAAGGAAAACUGAUAAUGAAGUUGCAUGAAUGCAGAAGCAAGAAGAUGGAACAAUUUUCUGUAUCAAGACAAUUUUUUUCCUUUUUUUUAUAUAAGGGGAGUAGAAUGAUGGGACAGAUAGUUUAUAUACAAGGU